UCUGAAGCUGGGGAGGCUGGCGUUUGAACAUCUGGAGAAAGGAAACAUCAUGUUCUACCAAGAAGACCUGGAGCGCUGUGGUCUUGGUGUCACCGAGGCCUUGGUGCACUCAGGAGUUUGUACAGAGAUCUUUAAAAGAGAGAGAGUGAUCUUCAAGAAAACAGUCUACUGCUUUGUUCAUCUGAGCAUUCAGGAGUUUCUGGCUGCAGUCUACAUGUUGCACUGUUACACCAACAGGAAGACAAAGGUACUGAAGAACUUCCUGAAGAAAGACUGGCCCUAUAAGAACAGUAAAAUCAGUUCUCAGGAGUAUCCAUCCCUGGAUGUCUUUCUAAAAGGAGCCAUGGAGAAAUCCCUCAGAAGUAGAAAUGGCCACCUGGACCUGUUUGUCCGCUUUCUCCACGGCCUCUCUCUGGAGUCCAACCAGAGACUGUUAGGAGGCCUGCUGGGUCGCACAGACAACAGUCCAGAAGUCAUCCAGAGAGCCAUCAGCAACCUGAAGGAGAUGAGAAGUGAUGAAACCUCUCCUGAAAGGAACAUCAACAUCUUCCACUGUCUGACAGAGAUGAAGGACCACUCAGUGCAUCAGGAGAUCACAGAGUUCCUGAAGUCAGGGAACAGAUCAAAGGAACUAUCUGAGAUCCACUGCUCUGCUCUGGCCUACAUGCUGCAGAUGUCAGAGGAGGUUCUGGAUGAGUUUGACCUGAUUCAGUACUACACAUCAAAGGAGGGGAAACAGAGACUGAUUCCAGCUGUGAGGAACUGCAGGAAGGCCAAACUGACUGGCUGUGGACUCUCAAAGACUCACUGUGAAGUCGUGGCCUCAGCUCUGAAGUCUGACUCCUCCCAUCUGAGAGAUCUGGACCUGAGUCAGAACGCUCUGAAGGAUCCAGGAGUGGAGCUGCUGAUCUCUGGACUAAAGAGUCCAAACUGCAGACUGGAGGCUCUCAGACUGAGGAGCUGCAGUUUGUCAGAGAUCAGCUGGUCUGCUCUGGCCUCAGCUCUGAAGUCCAACAUCCAUCUGAGAGAUCUGGACCUGAGUGAGAACUACGCUCUGAAGGAUCCAGGAGUGGAGCUGCUGAGAGAUCUUCUGGAGAGUCCAGACUGCAGACUGGAGACCCUCAGGAUCGGAAGAUGGGAUAAGCCGAUCACGAUCCAGAAGACCUGUGACAGGAAGUGAAGACACACAGAAAGUUUAUUCAUCACGGGGCGAGUUUGAGACGUCCAGAGGAGCGUGGAGGCAUUUUGGAAAAUACAGAAGAAGACUGCAGCUGAUGAGAGACUUCCUGUUAGCUCUCCUCAAUAUGAAAUGAACAAAAACAAUCCAUUGUACUUAAAGCUUUUCUUAAAGAUGUGUUGCACAUACACCUGCUGCUACCUACCACCACCUCCCACCCAUCCCGGCACCAAAGAGGAGACCCCAUCGACCCCAGAUACCCCAACUCACUCUUCUUCAGGUUAGCUUGGAGCCCCGCCUUUACCUGCCCCAACAUCUCACUUUGAACGAUGUAGUCAUCCGGAUAUCUGCAUAUUGAGAGUGGGACGCAGGACCCGGUCAAUGAGCUGCUGGAAGGGGGUCCACUGGACUGGAGGGGCUCUUGGAUCUGGUGAUGCCUUGCUCUUUCUAAAAGUUCGGUUUCCCAAGCGGGUAGGAGGUUAGUUAGAGCCAUCUUAAGCAUUGCAUUGUGUUGAUGUCUCCAUAUUAAGUUGAAUAAUUAAAACGAAAGUUAAUAUAAUCAAAUAUAAUCAAAUAUAAUCUUGUAUAACCCAAAAUGAAAAUAUUAUAUUUCAUGUUGUUCUAUAAUCACAGUUUAUACAAACAUAAGUAGUUUGUUAAAUUGAGUUUAAGGCCUAUUGUAGUUUAUGGGUGUCACUGUUUAAAGAGGGGGGACAGUUGUCUUCACUCACAGGCUGUACCCCCGACUCAAUGGAAAAGUACUGGAGCCCCAAAAUGUGUUCAGGCCAUACCAUAGGAGAAUAUGUCUGGAUGUCCAGUCCUGCACACCAGAUGUCAUGACCUUUCCCCACAGGGUAUAAAGGAGGUGUCUUUGGGUUUUCUUUGUGUUCCUAUGUGCAGCAUAAAAGCACUGGCUGAGAGGGAGAAAGCUCCAGAGCGGGGUCUCUCCUUGGUAGGUUCUCUCAACUUGGUAAGAUCUCUCAGAUUGAUUUGGUGAAUUGUUGAAUGAAAGCUUGAAUGUGUUAGAUACCACUGACCAUUUAUGAGGAGAUUCCUCUGGAUUCUGUCGGGUUAGACUUUUAAUGUUUCAACUGAAGAGGGCAGUUGAAGUUAGAAUUUAGUGUAAGAAAUGUAAAACUGAAUUGAGCUUUUAUAUUAGAAAAGUACCACAGCAUGAUAUGUUUUGUAUGAUUGUAACGAGAGAAGGUAAAAACCUGUUUAAGUGUGGACCAUUUUCUUCAAAUAAAAUCAUCCCACCUUUUUGGAUUGGGAGAACUUC